AUGGGCAGGAAGGGGACGGCAGCGCGGGCAGCCCAACUCGGGGACAGGUCGCCCUCAGCGGAAGCCCCGGCACGCGGGGCAGGCCUUGGAGACCCCCACUCUGUCCCCGCCGGGCUCUGGCCCGCCUCCCGCCUCCUCGUGGGGCCUGGAGAAAUGGAGGCUGGAGCACAGGGCCUCAGGUUCCUCAUGCGCACCCCGGUGGUCCAGACGGAGCUCCCGGCCAGGAACUGCGCGGGCCUGCGGAGUGGCCACGUGAGUAAGGAGAGGGGAGCCUGCGGGCCGUCGGCCCCUGGCGGGGGCGGACGGGGCGCAGGGCCCCGCGGGCCUCCUCUCUGGGUCCCGUCCUCCGCCCGCGGCGCUGUGCGCGCCUCUCCUGAGCUCUCCCGGCGCCUGGUGCUCCUCGCCAGCCUCGGGCUCCCUUCUCUCCGGCCGCCCCGCACUCUGCACUCCCCUCCUCGGCUUUUCUGA